AUGCCCGAGCGACGCGCGGACGCGCGCGGGCGGCGCGCGCGGACGAUUGUAUCCGUCGUUCGCGAUGGCUGUCGUCGCUUCAUCGCGCGCGCGCUCCGCGCCGGCCCGAUCCCGCGGCACGUGGCGGUGAUCAUGGAUGGGAAUCGUCGGUUCGCUUGCGCGAGCGGCGUGGCGCUGGCGCGCGGGCACGCGCGCGGCGCGGACGUGCUCAGGGAGGCGUGCGCGUGGUGCUUCGAGCUCGGCGUGGAGACGCUGAGCGUCUACGCGCUGAGCACGGAGAAUUUCAAGCGCUCGGAGCGCGAGCUCGAGGCGUUGUUCGAUUUGGCGUGCGGGGAAAUCGGAACGCUGAUCGACGACGAAGGGUUGCGACUUAGAGAGGCGCGCGUGCACGUGAGCGGGGAUUUGGACGCGCUGCCGAAGCGCGUGCGAGACAAGGCGAAGGAGGCGAUGGAAAAGACGAAGGAUAAUCGAGGACCGAUGUUGAACGUGUGCAUGGCGUACACGGGGCGAGAGGAUAUCGCGCGCGCGGUGAUGAAGACGCGGGAAGACGUCCGGGGAGGAGCGUUGGACGCGAGCGAGGUGGACGAACGCGCGGUGGCGUCGCGAUUGCACGGCGCCGAGCGGGAAAUCGAGCUCGGAGCAGGCAUGCCGGAGGUUGAUUUGCUCGUGCGCACGAGCGGGGAAACGCGGUUGAGCGAUUUUAUGCUCUUCAACGCGCGAUUCGCGAAGUUGGUGUUCGUGGAGGUGUUGUGGCCGGAUUUCACGUUUAUGGAUUUUGUGCACGCGGUUUGGCAGUAUCAGCUCGGGGCGAAGGAUUUGAAACGGUCGAGACAGGCGUACGGCGACGCGAAUGCGAUCGAGGCGGAAUCUGCCGUCGUCGCCGAGGUUCGCGUUCAGCCGGGGCGCGUGGCGAAAGGGGCGAAGCGUAGUGUGUAG